AAGAUGCACUGGAGUCACCUCACCCAGACAGUAAUCUUCCCUUCUCUCAUUGGACCUGGAAUCAUGGGCAAUAUUCUAAUAUUUGAGAGACAUGUACAUAUUUUUGUCAUGGGAACUGAGAAAAAACCCAUAGACCUUAUCCUUAUUCACUUGGCAUUUUCAAAUAUAACAAUUAUUUGUAAUAUGGAAAUCAAAGACAUAGCCACAGUGUUUUAUUUUAGGAACUUCCUAGGUGAUGCUGGUUGUAAAGUUGUGGUUUUUCUGGGAAGGAUGGCUCGAGGACUCUCCAUCUGCACCACCUGUCUCCUCAGCAUGGUCCAGGCUGUCACCAUCAACCCCAGGAUGACCCUGUGGAGAAAACUCAAACCACAGACUGCAGGACAGGUUCUUCCCUACCUCCUCCUCUUUUGGAUGUUAAACUCUCUGAUAAGCUCCAAUUUGCUGUUCUUUAUCAUGGCAGUCAGUCCUGUGAACAGAUCUGUUGUUGGCACAUAUGCUGGGUAUUGCUAUAUGGCUCCAUCGAGGCUCUUAAUGAGAUGGCUUUUCAUCUCACUCAUGGCACUUCGUGAUGCCAUCUUCCAGAGUCUAAUGGGCUGGAGCAGUGUGUCCAUGGCUCUCCAUCUCUAUAAACAUCACAAACGUGUCUCCUACCUUCACAGCACCCAGAUUGUAAAGAAUUCCAGCCCAGAAAUCAGAGCCACACAAAGCACUCUCAUUCUCAUGGCCUGUUUUCUUUUUUUCUACUGGGGAGAUUUCAUUUUUUCCUUCUACAUAGGUUCCAGGGUGACACGUGAGUCCAUAGUUUCAGUAAUUAAAACUUUUCUAGACCUGAGUUAUGCUGUUGUCAGCCCCUUUGUCUUGAUCAGCAGAGAUGUCCAUGCUGCUAAGAACCGGAGAGUUCAGUGA